CCCAACCACCACAACCACAUCAACAACGCUCUCUCUCCCUCCCUCCCUCCCUCCCUCUCUCUCUCGGUUUUGUUUUGCUCUCUGUAAUUUAAUUUAUUGAAACUAGCUUGAGAUGUUCUUUCAAGGUUCCAUACUGAAACUGUAAUAUUCCUCCCUGUGCUUUGCCGUUCAAAUCUGGCUCCUUUCAGCUUCAACAGGGAAAGUUUUGAAGAAAGAUUCUGUGAAGCUUCUGGAGAGAAGCUGCUGCUUAGAUAACUCUGGCCGACACUUUAGUGAUAUUUGCUCAAACCGGAGCGAGUAUUCAACCUUUGUUUCCCAGUCCUCCAGCACCAGCACCAGCACCAACACCAACACCAUUCUCCUCAUCAUUAUUUGGCUACUUUGCUCGGUCAUUGGUUUGGCGACUUCCCGUCGAUUACGGUUAACAUUUGAUCAUCCAAUCAACUUCUAUCUCGUCUACUCUACUCUAUAGUAUUUGGAGAUGUAACCAUCGACAACAUAAAUUUUAACACUUCGAUGAUAGAAGAAGAAGAGGCAGAAUAGAAUAACAAGGAGAAAAAGGAUAAAUCAGGAGUAGUGCACAUCUCAUUCGAGCUCCUUUUGCGGAAAUUUGAGUUUGGUCAUUUUCUCUCUCUCCCAAAAUGAUGAAAUUUAACUGCUUCUCUUGUCGGAUUGGGAGGAAGAAGAACGAGAAGGUUGAUAAGCAAUCAUCAAGAACAGCUGACAUCAACACUGCGCUUAAAACCCUGAAUAUCAGGCUUCAGCACCCAGUGGAACCUUUUGAAAGCGAUGGGUUGAAAAGCACAUCUUUUGGUGUGUCAUUUCCUUUAGAUGUUGAGAAGGACUCAAUCAAUGUCCAGGUGAUGAGCCAUCAGAGUCCUGUUGUGAAUGAAGCAGCAUAUGAAGGAGAAGAUGAGCUUGAAGAGGAUGUUUCACUGAAGAGGGACUUAUCUGACCUUGAUCUCCAAUCCCAUGUGGCCAAUUCUGGUGAAGAAGUGUCUUUUCCGAUAAGUGCAAGGCUGGAUUCCUCUGAUUCACUUGAUAGAAUGGGCAAUGAACGGUAUGCAAAGAAUGAUGAGGAAAAAGUUGAUGAAAAAGGUAUUGAUGUCAUACAAAGUGGACAUGUUAGUGAUCCUGGUAUUGGGAAGGCUGAGUUUUGGGGUUCGCCUAAGCUUAAACGGUCCUGUUCUAAUCUGGAAACAAGCAAAUUCCUAAGAAAAAUUGCCAAUCAGCUGCCUCUAGCAUCUCAGUAUUCUGAAGAAUUGCAGGGACUGGCUGAGAAAUUGAGAGAUCCUGGCAGCCCCACAUCUAUAAUAAGCCGUUGCAGUGCCGACAGAGUGAUGUUAAAGAAGCAUUCUUCAAGCCAAGUUCUACCCUCUAGGAGUAGAAGACUCUGGUGGAAAUUGUUCCUCUGGAGCCACAGAAAUCUUCACAAACCCUGGUAUGUAAAACCACAGCCACAGGCUGUAAGUAAGGUUUUGAAUCAGCAAGGCGGCUACUCUUCAGAUACACUUGAACUAGACAGAGCCCUGAGCAAAAUGCAAUCACCUGGUUCGUUCACCAGGGAGUCAAUGAACAAGGGCCAUAACAACAAUGGAGAGGACAGUCAGAGCUGGAAUGGUUUUCAUGCUGGGAUUUCUGGUCUAUGGCCCCAGAACCAGUGGGUUGCUUUCUCAAUAGAGUCAUCUCCAUUUUCAAGAGUGAAUAAAUGGGUCGAAGAUCUUGAGACCCAACCCCCUCCUCCAGAUGCCCAUGAUGAUAACAAUGAUGUUAAGAGUGACGAUGGCAUUGUUUUCCUACCCUCUCCUGAUACUGGUAGAUCACCAGGAAGAACCACGGCAUGCCCAGAUUUUAAUUUCUCAGAGGAGAUUUUGCAUGCCAAUAGCGUGAUCCAGUCACUUAAUUCAUCCUCAACUGUAGCCCACAUUGCAGGCAUUGGCUUAAAAGCUAUUCCCACCAUAUCACAUUUCUCCAGUCUUCGAUCUGUGAACUUGUCAAACAAUGUCAUAGUCCACAUUACUCCUGGAUCACUGCCAAAGGGCCUUCACACACUCAACCUUUCGAAAAACAGGAUCGGCACUAUUGAAGGACUCAGAGAUCUCAUCCGAUUGCGGGUACUCGAUCUCAGUUACAAUCGCAUUUCUCGGCUUGGACAAGGGUUGUCAAACUGUACAAUAAUAAAGGAACUCUAUCUUGCUGGAAACAAGAUUAGUGAUGUUGAGGGGCUGCACAGGCUCCUGAAGCUUACAGUCUUGGACUUGAGCUUUAACAAGAUAACGACAACAAAAGCUCUGGGCCAGCUUGUUGCGCACUACAACUCACUGCAAGCUCUGAAUCUGUUGGGCAAUCCAAUUCAGAGCAACAUCAGUGAUGACCAGCUUCGCAAGGCAAUUUGUGGUCUCCUUCCUAAGCUAGUGUACCUGAACAAGCAACCCAUCAAACCACAGAGAGCGCGAGAAGUUCUCACAGAUAGUGUUGCUAGAGCCGCCCUUGGAACUGGCAGCAGCAGGAGCUAUCGGAAAAAAGCAGUGAAGAGAGUGACCUCCAGCAGUUCAAUCUCCAGUAUGCACAGGGGCAGUGUUGGGGGUGGGCAGAAAAGCAGGAACAGGUCGAACAGCCGAACUCAUCACCUAAAGACAUUGUCCUCUGCGCAUGCUUCUUCAUCCCGUUAAUUGUUUCCCUAUUCAGAUUUUUUUGUUUUUUUAAUGAAUAACUUAUUAUCUCUUGAACGUGCCUUUCCCUUCUGUUUUUUCCUCCUCUGAAGCAGGACAUUUUUCAGGAGGAGAUUUCUUGCGUAAUGUAUUUGUAUCUGUUUUGUGGUCCUAAGAACGAUUUGUAAUGCAAUGCAAUGUUAAACA